AUGGGCAACCAGGAGGCUAAGCAAAAGAAAGCUGCAGCAGCAUCGGGUAAUGGAAGCUACCCCUCACUGGAUGAAGGAUGGAGAGAGGGAGGAGGGGAUAUGACAAAAAAGGGAGGAAAGAAACUCCACGGUAAGCAUGGAGGUAAAGGAGCAGGCAGCAAUGGAGGAGGAGGUGGAAUAUAUGGCACAGGACUGGGAAAGAAAAAAAACAAAUCUGAGUCCAAGCCCUCUGUUUUCUCCAUUCGCAAGAGAAAGAGCAAUCUAAAAGGAAAAGGAGACACGUGUUCAUCAGUAACAGGCUCAAAGGAGGACGUUUUAGCCUUUCAACAUGGGGAGUUGGACAGCACAAAAACACCUGAUUUGUCUGCAGAUGACCUCGGACAGUCAGACACUGAGUUUGUUUUCCCUGAGAAGAAUAAAAAAGUAGAGCAAGGAAAAAAGGAUGGAGAUGGCGGAGGAGGAAAGCAGAAGCCAGAGAUGCAGCAGAAAGCUUCAAUAUCAGCACCCUCUCCCACAGAGGAUGGAGGGCAGAAGGGAGGGAGUUCGGGGUCAGACACAGAUAUUUAUAGCUUUCACUCAGCAGCUGACCAUGAAGAUCUGCUAGCGGACAUCCAGCUCACUAUAAGGCUGCAACACCAACAGCAGCAGGGCGUGGUUAACUCAAUUGUGGAAGCACAGGGGGGGGGGGUGGGGGAUCUGAACUGGGGAGAAGGAGAGGGGAGGAGGAAGCAGAGUAAUGGAGUAGUUAAAUUAACUCUUCCUGAGGCACUUGACCUGACCCCUGAAUUAGAACUGGGGUCUGAUGUCUUGUCAUUCCUAGAGACAGGAAUUCUGUCGGGCUCUGUCAAGCACAUGGACCAUCCUCCAACACUACACCCCCUCGUCCACACAAAAGUCCAUGAGAGGAGGGAGGAGAAGGAGGAGGAGGUGGAGCAUCUGGAACUAAAUGAGAAGGGACAGAGGGAGAGAGAGAGAGAAGCCUCUCUUUGUGUUAUCAUAGGAAUAGAAGACCAGCAUGCUCGGGUACAGCAGCCCCCUCACACAGCCAUCACCAUGGCUACGAUGGGUGGGGCAGCAGUCAGCCCAGUCACCAUGACAACCAAUUAUAACAGCUUCCCUGAUCACACAUUUGAUAGUGCUGGGAAAACCCCAUUGGAGCAGGAGGAAACAGACGGUGAAUCCCCUCAGGAGGAGAAGGAGCCUAGGGUGAAUGUGAAUUUCAUUCCUUUGCCCGCAGACAGCCACAACAGAAGUCCUGACGCCACUGAGGGGCUGAAGCCAGGGACCCUGUUUGAAGAAGGUGAGGGUCAGUUGGGCCUGGGCAUUAGUGCAGACUCCCUUGAGGACUGCCUAAGUACUAGCUCUGAACUCAAGUCUGCUGCUGCCAGAGCCAGUUCCUCCCCCUGCACCCAGCAGUGCAGGAGGAGCAGCAUCUGCUUCAUCCCGCUGCCUCCCCAGGAGAGCCCCACAUUGGCCAAAAGAAUCCUCAGGUUCACCCACUCCUCCACCUCCUCUAGCCCUGUGGUGAAACCCUACCCUCCUAUCUUCCCGUCCUACAUAAAGACCACCACCAGACAGCUCAGCUCCCCAGGACACUCCCCAGCCCUGUCCCCCUCCCACAGCCCACUGUCCCAGCGCAGAGCCCACCAUCACCUCCACAGGAUGAUGGCUGAAGGUCAUCAGGUCUGUAGACAGCGCUCUCAAAGCCUUGCUGGGCCUCUGAGUCGCUCAGCUGACUGGACAGAAGAGCUUGAGAGGAGGCUGCGGAGCAGAGAGGAGGAUGGUGGAGGCUCUGGUGGUUUUGGAGAAUAUCUGGUGGGCUACAGAGGAGGAGGCAGUCAGCCCAUAUGUGCAACCAGAAGAUCUUCCUGUGGUCAGGUUACCUGCAGCUUUCAGGAUGUCUUUACAGGUCGAACCUUGCUGGAGAAGCUGUUCCUGCAGCAGCAUCAGGAGGAGCCGGAGGAGGCUGAGAGGCUGUGCUCCAGGAUCUUGGCCAUGGGUCUCCUGCUGCCAUUCACUGACUGCUUCAGAGAGCAGCUGGGUGGCAGCACUGCCCACAUCACCUCCGUGCCAUCAGCCAAGUUUGAUCAUGACCAGUUGUAUACAUGGGCAGCAGUUAACCAGCCACCACACUCCUUGGAUCCUCUUGAUGGGAAGCUACCUGGGCAGAUCAAGGGCCCCUGGCCCCCAGCCAGGCCUGGUUCAGAAAAUAGGACUGGAUUCAAAUCCACAGAGGCUGGUAAUAACAACACUUACACAUAUUCUGGAAUGGGUAGAUCAGUGGGCAGGCAGGAAUUUUUCUGGAGGGGCAGAGGGAAGCCGGUUGCACAUGGAGAGGGAGCCGUGUGGAGAGCAGGGAAUUUAGGAGAAGGAGUAGAUGACUUGCAGGCAGAACACCAUGCAGCCAUCUUGGGUGUGAGGCAACACCAGAAGCAGAGCCAAGAUUGUCCGGAGGACCGUGUCCUUCCUUCAGCAAAACUGAAGGAAAAACAUGUUAAUGUCAUCCAACAGUUGGAACAAACCAUAGAAGACCUCAGGACUAAGAUUGCUGAGCUAGAGCGACAGCCCCCUCUGCAUGUCAGGGACAGUAUAAAACACACAACCUUCACUACAGAUAAGGAGUGUGGAGGAGAGGAGGGCCUGCUGAGGCCUGUGUGUGAUGUUCACCUGCAGACAGAUGUUGCUCCAUCUCUUGGCUGCCUGAAGGCCAAGUCGGUGCAGACAUCACCCAUGGAUGACAACUUUGAGUUCAAAGUACCUUGUAGUGAGCUGGGUAGAGGGAAGAGCUUUCUACAGCCCCCACCCAGGCAAGACAGCUUCCAAUGUUCAUGUCAGCAGCAGCCUCUUCCUCCGCCUCUGCCUUCCCUUCCGGGAGGAGUAGUGCCUCCUAAUCCAGGACAGAAUGUAGUACCUCCUCCACCACCACCUCCUCCUCCACCAUUACCAGUAGGCUCAAUGCUAGCCCCUCCACCACCACCUCCUCUACUACCUGGUUCAGCAGUUCCUCCUCCUCCCCUUCCUGGUGGCCUUGUCCCACCCCCACCCCCUCCUCUCCCUGGUGGCAUUGCUCCACCCACACCUACUCCUCCUCCCCUUCCUGGUGGCCUUCUCCCACCCCCACCCCCUACUAUCUCUGGUGGCAUUGCCCCUCCCCCCCCCCCUCCUCCAUUACCAGGCCUUGGAGGCCCACCUCCUCCACCACCACCUCCUGGCUUUGGUCCUCCUCCUCCCCCUCCUCCACCAGGAGCUAUCUUUGUUCCUCCAGCUUUUCCAGGAUCUCUGGGCACCUUGCCUCCUCCUCUGCCGUUGGGGCUGUAUGCUAUGGGUUUGACUCAGGAGAAACCACCCAGGAAGGCUUUGGUUGAGCCACCCAGACCCAUGAAGCCACUGUACUGGACCAGGAUCCAACUGCACACCAAAAAGGAGGUUUCUUCUUCCUUGGUCUGGGAGACAAUUGAGGAGCCUGAUGUGGACUUUGGGGAGUUUGUAGAGUUGUUCUCGAAAACAGCUGUAAAGGAGAAGAAGCAGCCGCUCUCUGACACUAUCACCAAGUCCAAGACCAAACAGGUUGUGAAGCUCCUAAACAACAAGCGUUCUCAGGCAGUAGGAAUCCUCAUGUCCUCCCUGCACCUUGAUAUGAAGGAUAUCCAGCAUGCCAUCCUGAACCUGGACUACACAGUAGUGGACCUGGAGACCCUGCAGGCCCUGUAUGAAAAUAGGGCACAGCAGGAGGAGCUGGACAAGAUUGAAAGGUGCAUCAAGCCCUCUAAAGACAAAGAGAAUGCUAAACCUCUGGACAAACCUGAGCAGUUUCUCUACCAGCUCUCUGUGAUUCCAAACUUCUCUGGCAGAGUUUUCUGCAUUCUUUUCCAGUCCAGCUUCUCUGAGUGCAUGUCAUCUAUAUUGAGGAAACUGGAGACACUGCAGAGGGUAUGCAAGGUGUUACAGGACAGUGAGACAGUGAAGCAGGUUCUAGGUCUGGUUCUGGCCUUUGGUAACUUCAUGAAUGGUGGUAAUCGAACCAGAGGCCAAGCUGAUGGCUUCACCCUUGACAUCCUGCCCAAACUCAAAGAUGUCAAGAGCAGUGACAGCACGAAAAGUCUUCUGUCUUACAUUGUUGCAUACUACCUCAGACACUUUGAUGAAGAUGCUGGGAGGGAGACUUGUGUGUAUCCUCUCCCUGAGCCUCAUGAUUUGUUCCAGGCUUCACAAAUGAAGUUUGAAGACUUUCAGAAAGACCUGACUCGACUCAGGAAGGACCUCAGAGCUUGUACAUCAGAAGUAGAAAAGGUGUGCAAAGUUUCAGAUGAGGAUAACUUGCAGCCUUUCAAAGACAAGAUGGAGGACUUCCUUAAACAAGCUAAAGGUGAACUGGAGACCCUGGAAGAUCAACUCAGCAGCACUCACAAACUGUUCCUGGAGCUCACAGUGUUCUUCUCAGUGAGGGCCAAGGCAGGAGAGAAGGAGGUUUCAACCAAUACAUUCUUCUGCAUCUGGCACGAGUUCUCAUCCGAUUUUAAGGACCAGUGGAAGAAGGAGAACAAAACCAUUCUCAAGGAGAGGUUAAAAGCAGCAGAAGAGUGCUUCCGCCAGGCCAAGGAGAAGGCUUCCUACAGCGUCAAACCUAAACACGCCUCUGGCAUCAAAGCCAAGCUUGGCAUGAAGAUUUGACUCUGUAGGUUUGGCAUGCUUCUUUUCCUGUCUUUGGGCACCAGCAGUGAGUCAAAGACAAAAAAGUAUUAAGAGGACGGAAGAGAAAAAAAGGAAAGGACAGCACAAAAGUGGAUGGCAUGUACUGUAUGUACAGCUGAGCCUACUUUGGAUAUCUUGUUUCAUUAAUUUAUUUCUCGUUGAUCAGUUUUCUCUGCUCUAUCAGCCUGUUGCCUUACGUUCCUGUCCUCUCCAUUUGAUAACUGAAUCAAACACAAUCAUGGAAGGGUGCUGCUGCAGGGCCACCAGGAACCAGGAAUCAUGGACUGUUGGGAUCAUCACAACUCAGACGCAUUACAUACAUUGCACAUUAACUGGAAUAACAUCACACUGUCUGUGCAGCCUCUAAUCCUGCAUUUAUGAAAUAAAAAAAGAAGACUACUUGUUCAAAAUCUGACCGAUUUGCAAAAGCAACAAUGACAUGACUCAGUAUUACAUUAUUAACAUUGACUGUAACUGUCUGACAGGCCACAUGGUGUUAUUUAAAUUCAAAUCAAAGCCACAGCUGUUCGAAUGACCGUCCCCAACAGUAUUGCUGAGUCAUUUUUGACAAUGCGAAAAAAAAACCCCAACAACCCAAAAAAGCCCCACAAAAAACACAACAAAAACAAACACACAACUACAGCUAUUUAAGUUAUAAUCCAUAAGAUUUCAGUCCUGGUUGAUUUGGCAACACCUGUGGGUGUUGGUCGUAUUGGCAGGUGUGUCGUAAUAAUACAGGUCCCACCAUUCUGUAAAUUACAGGUUAUCGAGCACUGGGGGCAGCAAACACACCAUGGGCAGCUAUCAGUCAUAAAUAUAACAGAAGCUGGUGUAUCUGUUUCAGACAUCAAAAUAAUGAAGUCAUGAUCGAAUACUGUUUUCCACAUUACAUGAAAAGAAUGUAAUGCAGAAGACAAAUGAAGAAUGUAUUUGUCUUCUGUAUCACAUCCGGUACAUGAAUGCAUCCAUUCCUGUGAAUCCCUUGUGUGUGGGUUUGAAUUUGUGGAUUUUCAUCCUGCACUCUGCUACUAACAAUGAAAAUCAAUGUGAAAACAGAGUAUAAACACAACCCAAGCCUUAAAUAGUAUCAGCAAUAGUCAUUACUAUUAAAAUCUUACGGAUUAACUUCAAACAUUUAAACAUUCAGAUCCACCAGAUGUGAACACUUGUUUGCUAUAAAUUUCUGUGAACAUAGCUUGAGAACCAUUGAUAUAACAGUACAAGGUUUAGGAGGAUGUAAGACUACAAAACUCACCUGAAACAUGACCAGUGUUCAUCUGCAGUAACAGUGUUCAUCUGUUUAGUUGGGACAACAUGCGUUUGUCUUACUUUUCUACAAAACAUACUUUCAACAUCUUCAUUACAUACAUUAAGAAUAAUGGAUCUUUGUUCUAAAAGGUGCAAAUAUGGUUCCACAGUGGUAGCCAUAGGAGAAUGGCAAACACCUACAAUCCCCCAUUUGUGUUACCUCCUCAAAGGAGCUUAUGUUUUCAGUCAUGUGUGAUUAACUUUUGGCAUGGGUAGCACCAUCAUAUUGCCAUUUAAGCAACAUUUUGUCAGUGCAAGAUAAAUUUCAUGAUGGACACAGAUAUUUCUGCUAAACAGGUUUUCCUAAUAUUUUUAAUUUUUUUAAAUUAGUUUUGGAAAACAGUGUUUAUUCGCUCUUUUUAUACAUUCAUCAAAUAAUUUUUUUCUUGGAAUUAGGCCUUAGCGUGUGAAGCUUUUCCAACAAGUACACAGAGAUUUUUGAAUCUUCAAAAAUCAGCAGCUAUUGAUGUAACAUAGGACUACAGUAACUGGUAUUGAUAAGAAGCACUUAGUGAUAUGGUGAUAUAAUCAACAACUCCAACAUGCUAUGUUGAAAAGUAACAGAAAUGUGCGUUACCCCAAACAACAGCCAUGAACACAUACUUCUAAAAAACAAAGUAAAUCUUCUAUGUGGUCACCUUGAUAUCUUAGCAUACUCUUCAUGGACUCUCACACAUUACCACAAUGCUGUUUGUUGACUCUAUAUUUUGACUGUCCAAUCAGAUUUAGCCUCUCAGUAGAAAAUCUAACACAGUAUGCAUUUUUACAGCGGUGUUGACGGGCAGGAGAAGUGUACUUACAUGUGUAAUGUGUAAUCUUAGUGUAUUUCAGUGACAUGCCAUAUCAUAAUAGAUAUACCAUAGGAAGUGUGUGUGUGUGUGUGUGUGUGUGUGUAUGUGUGUGUGUGUGUGUGUGUGCGUGCGUGCGUGCGUGCGUGCGUGUUUGUCAUCAUCUGGUUGAUCACAUCUUUAUGGUUGAUAGCUGUGUAAUGAAAGAUGUGUAUACUGCAUUGAAUUACAGCUAUUGAAUUGGUUGCAGAAAUUAUGACUUUAUUAAUAUAAAGUAAUAAAUUGUUAAAAAAUGAUUUUGAGCCAGGUUUUUGUGUUUCUGUCAAUGAUGUCCUCCUCUGUU